CAUCUGGCUGAUGUGACAGCCUGUUCGAAUCGUCCAUUUUCGUAAUUCUCGAUUAAUUUUGAAUCUUGAUCAUGACUGACAGUAAUAUGUCGAACAUUGACUUGAAAGAAUUCGUGUUUGAACGCGUUCUGGAUGAAAAUGCGCUUGCUCAUACGUUAGCCGUCCUGGGCACACUACCCUCCUCAUCGACACCAUCCGCUCCUCUUCGUGCUAUCCUUCGCUUUGAGCGCACAGCCUUGUCGUCUACUGUUGCUUCCCAGCUCUCAUCCGGCGUUCUUGAGUCUACCAAGAAGAUCGGAAGCACUGACAUUUACACUUGGUUAUUUGCAUGGCUUCACAAGCGCGAUGACCUCCCUGACAUGAAGGUCUAUGUCAUCUGCCCCGCCACUGACGUCCACAUCCGCAAGUAUACAAAGCAGGACGUGCUCAUGGUGCACGAGACCCCCGCCCUCUACCAGUCUAUCGUCAAACCAUACAUCCUCGCCUUCGACCCCGCACGCACACAAUGGGUCCAGGACAUUCUUGUAGGUACCGCCGAAGCAUCCAAUAUCCUAAAUGCCUCUCCAGACUUCCUCAUUCUUCCCGACAUGAAGUGGGACGCAACCAAUGUCUCUGCUCUCUACCUCCUCGCAAUUUAUAAGCACUCUGACGUACACUGCAUGCGGGAUCUCCGUAAAAAACCGCACUUGGGAAUGCUCAAGAACCUCCGGAGAGAUGCUUGGAGAGUUGUGCAAGAUAAGUGGUGUAUCAGCCGUGGUGGUGUCAGGAUGUACAUUCAUUAUCAGCCGAGUUAUUACCACUUUCACGUGCACAUUGUCCACACGGGACAUGUCGGGCUGCACGGCAUGGUGGUGGGGCAAGCCCACUUACUGGAUGAUAUAAUUUCGUUGCUCGAACUAGACCCUGACGAUGGCUCUUCCAUCAUUGAGUGUAUGACAUUUACUUACGGACUCGGCACAGAACAUGGGUUGUACAAACCCAUGGCUGCUGCACUCGCAGAGGUACAUGAUGCGGACUAGAUGGUGAUCAAGAAGGUAGAGUACCCACAAGGAACUGAAGAUAUCGUGAGAAGCUAGAAUGUCUAGACCAGCAGGAUGUAGUAAAAAUGUAACACUAAUCAGUAUGGGUGAAAAAUCCUCAGACGCGAGUUCUGUGCCCGUCAAGUAAUAAUAUUUAUAUUGCAGGUAGUAUCUACCACAAG